AUGGAUCGAGUGCACUCUGCAUGGUUACCAAGGCCAACAUCCUGGUUACAAAGACCAACAUCCUGUUUCCAGAGGCGAUCCCUCAGAGCAUCAGCAGACCCCACCUCUUCAGAUGAUGUCUACACCAGUUGCCUUUACGGUGAUACUCUAGCAAUACCUUCAUAUCCACAGCAACAUAAUCAAAACAAUCCAUUCAUUCUGAUUAAAUAAUCAUGCAGGGGUGGGUUGGAAAUUAGUAUGGUGCAUUAAAGCAAUAUCAAAACUCUAUUGCUGUUACUUUCAUUUGAAGAUCCUGUUCUCUACCUGCGUUCUCUCAGCCCAGGGCUUCCGUUGUACUCUGCAGCAGAGGCCCAGCUGCAGCAGUGCCAGGUUGACUCCCAAUAGCAAUGCCAGAGGAGUGGGAGGGAGGCCAGUGAGCAGUGCUCUGGGUAGACUGGAGAACAGCCCAGGGAGGGGAACCAGAGCCAUGAGCAGACCAGUUACUGCACCCAGGGGGAGGAGGAAGGCGCAGAGACCCGGGCCAGAGACCUGGAGCUCAAGUCAGGGACAGGACAGGUAAACACCCUUAUCUUAGUGGAAAAUAUCUAAUAUAUUCCAUCUGUCAAAUUCUUUCUUUCUUGAUCUCAUUUUUUAUCUCUUGUUUCUAUUUCGCUUGCUUACACAGUCCCUUAAUCCACAAAGCUAACUUGUAAGGAGCACUAGCUUUGCGUGUAACAAAUCAAACACAAAUCAAAAGCCCAAUUACUACUGCUUAAGUGGCUAACCUGACUUGUGCUGCAGCAUCUGGAGCUAAAGUGUACUCAUCGCUGCCAUAAUGUGACUGAGGAUGCUGUUUACCCUUAGUGCUAACCAUUGAAAAUGCCCAUUGAUCGGAGUGCUCUCUUAUGAGCCAACACUAGAGCUAUACACACAGGCUUCCAUCAACCUCACAAAUUCCCAUAAACAUAUCCAAACAACAUGGAUAAACUAAUCUUUUCCCAUUCUGACUUCAGGCUAAACAGCUGUGGUUUAUUUUUGGUUGCCCAAACAAAUAAUCAACCAAUUUUAUUACCCGCUCACAUGAAAUUUCCUAUCUGUGUGUUAGCUGUAGGGUGGUAUGUGUUUUUGAGCUGCAGCUUUUGUUUUUUACCUUUGAAAUCCUCUAUCGAUAAUGGUCACACACACACAGUCUUAACACUGCUUUAAAUAAAGUUGUGCUCAAUCUCUCAUACACUGACCAUGUUAAUUUCAAGAUAUUGUAUUUGGGACAUUAGCCAAGACUGAAUAUCAUCAAACAUCUGCAGCCGUAGUUUCAGAGGGUAGCUGUUGACACUCCAAAACCAUAUCCCUCACAUUGACUGACUGACUUUAUAACACAUUUCUUGUAAGAAUGUCCCAGAGUGCCCUGCAACGCCAAAUAUGACAACACACAUGGACAGCAGCAGGACACGUGGAGGGGGAGGAGGCCUUUCUCAACAUUAUCCACACUGCAUCUUUAUCUGCCCUCUUCAUCGUACUAUGAGGAUGAAGAGCAGGAGAUGGAUAUAGAGAUAGAGAAGGAGGAUGUGAGGUAUGGUUUCAUUUAUGGGUGUUAUAUGGGUGUCAUAAUGUCAUACAUACAGUAUAUAUACAGUGCAUUCGUGAAAGUAUUCGGACCCCUUGACUUUUUCCACAUUUUGUUACGUUACAGCCUUAUUCUAAAAUUGAUAAAAUCACAUUUUUUCCUCAUCAAUCUGCACACAAUACCUCAUAAUGACAAAGCGAAAACAGGUUUUUAGAAAUGUUUGCACAUUUAUACAAUUUAAAAACAGAAAUACCUUAUUUACAUAAGUAUUCAUACCCUUUGUUAUGAGACUCGAAAUUGAGCUCAGGUGCAUCCUGUUUCCAUUGAUCAUCCUUGAGAUGUUUCUACAACUUGAUUGGAGUCAACCUGUGGUAAAUUCAAUUGAUUGGACAUGAUUUGGAAAGACAUACACCUGUCUAUAUACAGUUGAAGUCAGAAGUUUACAUACACUUAGGUUGAAGUCAUUAAAACUCAUUGUUCAACCACUCCACAAAUGUCUUGUUAACAAACUAUAGUUUUGGCAAGUCGGUUAGGACAUCUACUUUGUGCAUGACACAAGGAAUUUUUCCAACAAUUGUUUACAGACAGAUUAUUUCAUUUAUAAUUCACUGUAUCACAAUUCCAGUGGGUCAGAAGUUUACAUACGCUAAGUUAAAUGUGCCUUUAAACAGCUUGGAAAAUUCCAGAAAAUGUUGUCAUGGCUUUAGAAGCUUCUGAUAGGCUAAUUUACAUAAUUUGAGUCAAUUGGAGGUGUACCUGUGGAUGUAUUUCAAGGCCUACCUUAAAACGCAGUGCCUCUUUCCUUGACAUCAUGGGAAAAUCAAAAGAAAUCAGCCAAGACCUCAGAAAAAAAAAUGGUAGACCUCCACAAGUCUGGUUCAUCCUUGGGAGCAAUUUCCAAACGCCUGAAGGUACCACGUUCAUCUGUACAAACAAUAGUAGGCAAGUAUAAACACCAUGGGACCACGCAGCCGACAUACCGCUCAGGAAGGAGACGUGUUCUGUCUCCUAGAGAUGAACGUACUUUGGUGCGAAAAGUGCAAAUCAAUCCCAGAACAACAGCAAAGGACCUUGUGAAGAUGCGGGAGGAAACAGGUACAAAAGUAUCUAUAUCCACAGUAAAAUUAGUCCUAUAUCGACAUAACCUGAAAGGCCGCUCAGCAAGGAAGAAGCCACUGCUCCAAAACCGCCAUAAAAAAGCCAGACUACGGUUUUCAACUGCACAUGGGGACAAAGAUCGUACUUUUUGGAGAAAUGUCCUCUGGUCUGAUGAAACAAAAAUAGAACUGUUUGGCCAUAAUGACCAUCGUUAUGUUUGGAGGAAAAAGGGGGGACUUGCAAGCCAAAGAACACCAUCCCAACCAUGAAGCAUGGGGGUGGCAGCAUCAUGCUGUGGCCGUGCUUUGCUGCAGGAGGGACUGGUGCACUUCACAAAAUAGAUGGCAUCAUGAGGAAGGAAAAUUACGUGGAUAUAUUGAAGCAACAUCUCAAGACAUCAGUCAGGAAGUUAAAGCUUGGUCGCAAAUGGGUCUUCCAAAUGGACAAUGACCCCAAGCAUACUUCCAACGUUGUGGCAAAAUGGCUUAAGGACAACAAAGUCAAGGUAUUGGAGUGGCCAUCACAAAGCCCUGACCUCAAUCCUAUAGAACAUUUGUGGGCAUAACUUAAAAAGCAUGUGUGAGCUGGGAGAACAUUCCAGAAGGACAACCAUCUCUGCAGCACUCCACCUAUCAGGCCUUUAUGGUAGAGCGGCCAGACGGAAGCCAAUCCUCAGUAAAAGGCACGACAGCCCGCUUGGAGUUUGCCAAAAGGCUCCUAAAGGACUCUCAGACCAUGAGACACAAGAUUCUCUGGUCUGAUGAAACCAAGAAUGAACUCUUUGGCAUGAAUGCCAAGAGUCACGUCUGGAGGAAAUCUAGCACCAUCCCUGCGGUGAAGCAUGGUGGUGGCAUAAUCAUGCUGCGGGGAUGAUUUUCAGCGGCAGGGACUGGGAGACUAGUCAGGAUUGAGGGAAAGAUGAACGGAGCAAAGUACAGAGAGUUCCUUGAUGAAAACCUGCUCCAGAGCGCUCAGGACCUUAGACUGGGGCGAAGGUUCACCUUCCAACAGGACAACGACCCUAAGCACACAGCCAAGACAACACAGGAGUGGCUUCGGGACAAGUCUCUGAAUGUCCUUGAGUGGCCCAGCCUGAGCCCGGACUUGAACCCGAUCUAACAUCCCUGGAGAGACCUGAAAAUGGCUGUGCAGCGACGCUCCUCACCCAACCAGACAGAGCUUGAGAGGAUCUGCAGAGAAGAAUGGGAGAAACUCCCUAAAUACAGGUGUGCCAAGCUUGUAGCGUCAUACCCAAGAAGGCUCAAGGCUGUAAUCGCUGCCAAAGAUGGUUCAACAAAGUACUGAGUAAAGGGUCUGAAUGCUUUAGUAAAUGUGAUAUUUCCGUUUUUUAUUGCCCUCCAUCCAGAAAUCAUAACAGAGCCCUGAAAUAGGAUGUCAUUGUGGGUGAGAAGACAAAAAAGCUUCUGACAGAAACAUGCAGUGACCACCACAUGAACAAGUUUGCCCAGAUGCUCUCAGUAGGAAUUCAGGAGAAUUUAUCAUGUCUCCCAUGGAAUCUGGUGUAGAAAUACAAUAGCCACUGAUCAAAUUAUGGCAGAGAAACACAUAUGGUGUGAAAUAUAGCAGUACAUUUUAACAUAGUGAGGCUAAAUUUAACAUUUGUCAUCCAUUUCCUUUCUAAUCAUAUACAUCUAUUUAUCACAGGCCUACAGUAGAAAACAACGGCCUAGAAGACACCACAGAAAUGAUCAGAACACCGACCCCUUCAGAAAAUGUCACAAUGCUGAACCCUACCAAUAAUACUGGUCUACAACAGGAUCAUAAAGAAACCGUCCAAAUACAGGAGGCCCCUACAUUAAACCCCAGUCUACAGGGCCCCUCAGAGGACAUCAUCAGCUCUAUGGAGCCCACUGACAAUCCCAGGUUCCAGGGGAUAACACAUUACAGAACAAAUGGCCUUGUGGUUCCAAAGCAGAGAGCUCAUGGACAUGACAUGGAACAGAAACAGGAAUGCAUCCCUCUCCAGAUAAUGCCGGCAGCUGUUCAAGGGAGGGCCCCUACAUCUUUAAGGCAGCAUGUGAACAGACUCCCCAAAAUAAAAACCACCAAGACCUUUGUGUGGGGUCUUUCUGGACCCCAGGAGAUUAAGAGUGUGUUUGUUCUGCAGAGGCAUAUUGGCAGAUACACAACAAAUCAGACAUAA